ACUUCAUACAAAGAUGGAAUAAUGAUACAUGAGGUCCUACAUUGUAAUACACUAAAAAUGCUCAGAGUGUCGCUGUUCACCAACAGAACGAGGAAGAAUAAACCUCUCCACCCAUCUCAUGUGAAAUUCUACCUCCUCUCCGACACCCAGAACCAUCGCUGCAUUAGGCUGUGUUUAUUGAAGACGGCAUUUUGUUGCAUUGACUGACAUUUCUGUAACGAAUUUGUUCUUCUGAACGUUGCGAGAAUGGAACGGGGGAUACUUUGUUUUCCCACAUUGCUUCUCUUGGCUUGCAUUUGCGCUUUCGUUUCCGUGGCUCGUGCAGAUUUGAGCUACACAGUUCAAGAGGAAACGAAGCGUCAGUUUGUGAUUGGAAACCUAGCGAAGGAUCUUGGGCUGGACGUUAAACGGUUAUCUGCACGGAAGGCUCGGAUAGAUACAGAAGACAGCGGGAGACGAUACUGCGACAUUAAUCUGGGCAGUGGGAAUUUGAUCGUGGCGGAGACAAUAGACCGAGAGGAGCUCUGCGGAUCUAGAACCUCCUGCGUUCUAAAUUACGAGCUCGUCUUGGAAAACCCGCUUGAAGUGCAUCGCGUAUCGCUGCAGAUUGAGGAUAUAAACGACAACGCCCCUCGCUUUCCUAAUGAUCGGAUUACGUUUGAGAUCAGGGAAUCUGCCGAUAAAGGGGAACGUUUUCCUUUGGACGAAGCUCAUGAUUCGGAUACUGGACAAAACUCGGUUCAAGGAUAUUCGCUUGAAAGAAACGAGCAUUUUGCUCUAUCGGUGCGUGAAAACGCGGAGAGGGGCAAAUAUGCUGAAUUGGUGUUGGAGAAAGAGCUGGAUCGAGAACAGCAGAAGGAAAUGAAUGUAAUACUCACUGCGACUGACGGUGGCAGCCCACAGAAAUCUGGUACUGUAGUCAUCCACAUCGAUGUGCUUGAUGCUAAUGACAACGCUCCUGCUUUCAGUCAGUCCGUUUACAGAGUUACUCUGGCUGAAAAUGCACCUUUAGAUGCAGGUGUAGUUACAGUGAGCGCUACUGACGCUGAUGAAGGAGCAAACGGUGACGUCACUUAUGAGUUCAGUCGUAUGUCUGAUAGAGCAGCAAAACUGUUUUCCAUAGACAAGAUAUCUGGUGAGAUUAAGGUAGCUGGAAACAUUGAUUAUGAAGAGGAAACCUACUAUGAAAUGAGAGUUCAGGCCAAGGACGGACCUGGAUUAGCAUCCACUGCAAAGGUUGUCAUAGAUAUCACUGAUGUAAAUGACAACGCACCUAAAAUUAUUCUUAAAUCACUUAAUGAUCCCAUACCUGAGAAUGCUGUUGUAGGCACUGAGGUGGCCAUUAUUAAUGUUCAGGAUAAAGAUUCAGGAGAUAAUAGAAGGAUCCGUUGCUCCAUUCAGCAAAAUGCUCCUUUUAAAUUAAACCCAUCUAUCAAAAACUAUUUUUCUUUGGUAACAACAAGCAUACUAGAUAGAGAAAAAGAAGCAGAUUAUAACAUAACCAUCACUGCUACUGAUGGAGGCUCCCCACCAUUAUCCUCCUCCUUGACUAUUCAUUUAUCUGUGUCAGAUGUCAAUGACAAUCCACCUGUAUUUGCUGAACUAUCUUAUAGUGCUUAUGUAGCUGAGAAUAACAAACCAGGCACCUCUAUCUGCUGUGUUACUGCGAGAGACCCAGACUGGAGGCAGAACGGCACAGUGCUGUAUUCUCUGGUGUCCAGUGAGGUCAACGGUGUUCCAGUGUCCUCAUUUUUAUCCAUCAAUGCAGACACGGGGGUGAUCCAUGCUGUGAGGUCAUUUGACUAUGAGCAGUUCAGAAACUUCAAAGUCCAGGUUGUGGCCAGAGACAAUGGCUCUCCUCCCCUCAGCAGCAACGCGACUGUGAGUGUGUUCAUAACAGAUGAGAAUGAUAACUCUCCACAGAUAUUAUACCCUGCUCCAGAGGGGAAGUCUUUAAUGACUGAGAUGGUCCCUAAAGCUGCUCUGUCCGGCUCUCUGGUCUCCAAGGUGAUCGCUGUGGAUGCUGACUCUGGCCAGAACGCGUGGCUGUCCUAUCACAUUGUAAAGUCCACUGAUCCGGGACUUUUCAGUAUCGGUCUCCAUAGUGGAGAGAUCAGGGCGCAGCGGGACAUCAGUGAAUCUGACAACAUGCAGCAGAACCUUGUUAUCUCAGUGAAAGAUAACGGACAGCCCCCUCUAUCUACAAGCUGCUCUGUCUAUCUGCUUAUUUCUGAUAACCUGGCUGAAGUUCCAGAACUUAAAGACAUGGCUUAUGAGGAGAGCAGCUCCAAACUGACCUCAUAUUUGAUCAUCGCGCUUGUGUCCGUGUCCACCUUCUUUCUGACUUUCAUCAUCCUGAUCCUGGCUGUGAGGUUUUGCCGCAGGAGGAAGCCCAGACUGUUGUUUGAUGGAGCAGUGGCCAUUCCCAGCGCGUAUCUCCCUCCCAACUAUGCAGAGGUUGAGGGAGCUGGAACUCUCCGCAGUUCUUACAAUUAUGACGCAUAUCUGACAACAGGAUCCCACACCAGUGACUUCAAGUUCAUCAGAUCCUACAAUGACAACACACUUCCUGCUGGUGGUACUCUGAAAAUGUGCCAGGAUGACCCCUUUGGUUCAAGUAUGAAUAAUGCAGAUAGUGAUGAGGUGAGGGAAGUCAUUCAUCUUUGA